AUGGACGGCGCACCACUCGAUACCGCCCCGCCAGCACCGCCAGCGCCACCACGCAACCUCCGCUCGCCAUUAGACCGGGACACGCCAGCGCGCAACGGGCCCCUCCUCCCCGCGUCGUUGAAUCCGCGCGCCCCUCGGGCGAGUUAUUGGACCCUACUUUGGUUUCCCAUCGUCGUGUUCGCAUGCUUCCUGUUUGCCGAUUACGCGUGGCCCGCGCUAGAGCUCCCAGUCCCGGACGGGUCGGUCACGACUAAUGGAGUGCAAGCUCCCCCUCUCGAUCCAGUGCUCUGGAAAAGGUGCAUCACCCUCCUCCCUCCUCCAAAGGGACUAUACUCUGCCCGCGUGGACCGCCUUGUCACCGAACUCAAUCGCGCCCAUCCCGCUGUAUGGAUCGCCGAACCCGGCGCCAGUGUCGAGUACUUCCUCGGCGCAUUUGGGGUUGGUUCAUGGUCACAGAGCGAACGUCCGUUCCUCGUCGCCGUCGCGUCUGGCUCGGAUGAGGUGAUAAUCCUCACACCAAAGUUUGAGGAGGGCCGCGCGCGUAAACAUCAACUCCCCAGCGAACUCAAGGUGCGCUGGCUGCCUUGGUCUGAGAGCGAGUCGCCAUACUCUGUUCUCAUGCACGAGGUUGGGCGGCGCGCGCUGGUACUCGACGGCGCGGUGCGGAACUUUAUCGCGGACGGACUGCGGUCUACUCGCCACACCAGGGACGCCGAUACGUCACACGUGCUCGCUGGCGUGCGUGCUCUUCGCGAACGCAAGAGCGAGCGUGAUAUUGAGCUCAUGCGCUGCGCCAACAAGUUUACGCUGCAUGCGAUCCGCAAGACCCGUGCCCGCAUGUUUAUGGGCAUUAGUGAGAGCGCGACACGCACAAUCCUCUACGAGGAGAUGAAGUACCUCGCUCUGUCGGACUACGGUGCCCUGAUUCUCUUUGGUGGUGAGUCUCUCCCCUAUUUAGCUGAUGAAGAAAAUGCAGCUCUCCCACAUGGGAGCGGGACGGACCGCUUCCUCCAGAAAGACGAAGUGGUCCUCAUCGACGCCGGGGGAAAAUGGGGAGGCUACGUCUCUGACAUUACUCGCACCUUUGCCCUUCCCGACAGUGAGAUUAGCGACGAGCACCUUGAGGUCUGGGAGAUUGUGCGGCGCGCCCAGCUCGCUCCGGCCAGUCUACUCCGGCUUCUGCAAAUAGGGGAUAAGCCCCAAUACUCGUGGCUGGACGACCGGGCACGCGAGACGGUCAAGAAAGGCAUGGCUGCCCUCGGCGUGCCUCCUGGGCCUGAUCCGGAUUAUACCACCUUCACGCAUCGCCUCGGACACGGGAUCGGGCUCGAGGGCCACGAGGGCCCUUAUGCCGUACAGGGGCUGGUUGGGGAUCGGUUGGUCCUGCCCAGUCACGCGCUCACUUUCGAACCUGGGGUUUAUAUUCCAAAGGGAAGUGGGGUUGGGGAUAAGAGUCUCCAGGGGCUGGGGGUGCGACUUGAGGAUGUUGUUGUUAUUCGGGAGGAGGAGGGGCGGAUGCGGGCCGAGUGGUUAACUGGGCCUGUGGAACGAUGGGGCGAUGUGUAG